GGAGUGGACCCCUCAUCUCAAAUGCGUCGUCUGGACCGUGAAGAGACAGUCUACCCACAACACAUGAACCAAACAAUACUGGAUGAACUGCAAUAAGAACAAUCUGUUCUGUAGAAACAAUGAUUGACUAUCAGUCGUUGCUUUCAAGCUCUCUUGCUUUUGCGGCUGGGAAGUUGUGAAAAAACGCUAAAGGACCAGGAACUUUAGAAGACUUCAGAGUUGCUAUAUAUGCAGUCGACCGAUUAAGCCGGGAGCCCGGUCGAGCUUGAAAGUCUAUGCAAUAGGCUACAUUUUCUUUUGACAUCUUUUGACUCAGGGAUUUGGCGUUUUGAAAGCUUGAUGUCUACACAUUUUUCCUAGGUUAUGUUUUGUCGUGGUGGGCACAUUCACGGGCUAAAGGAAAUUGUAUUUCUUUAACAUUACCCUGUUUUUGUUUUUGAAAAUGGAGAGCAAAUGAGAGGGGCAUUUCCCGGGAUUAAUUGACAGCACAACGACAGAAUGCGGGAGAGAGACCUACGGAGCGUGUGCAGAAGGGUGCUGCUGUUGGCCGUCUGUCUGGUGUCUCUCUGGGGACAGCUGACCCUCGCUUCGUCACACAGAAGUCACAUAGUGCAUGUCAAAGCAGGGACCUGUGAAGUGACCGCCGCCCACCGCUGCUGCAACAAGAACAAGAUCGAAGAGAGAUCCCAGACGGUGAAAUGUUCCUGCUUCCCCGGACAGGUUGCCGGGACAACAAGAGCGGCCCCAUCUUGUGUGGACGCUUCCAUAGUUGCCCAGAAAUGGUGGUGUCAGAUGCAUCCAUGUAUGGAUGGGGAGGAGUGUAAAGUUUUGCCUGAUCUGAAAGGCUGGAGCUGCAGUACGGGCAACAAAGUGAAGACGACGAAGGUGGGUGCAUAAUGUCACGCGAUAGUGCUGUCUGUCCUGGAUCUGAAGACUUGGUGUCAUCAGUCAUUUCUUCCUUGACAGAAACCACUGGGUCUUCUUGGAUAUGAGAACUAUGUAUUGAAUGAUUUUGGGAAGGAACCAGGGACCAGUAAGGGAACAUGGAAAACUCCUGAAAUUCUACUGAACGGAUGCAGAGCUGAGACUUGACCUGGAAAUAACAUAGAACCACCUAUCCAGACAACUGGACUACUGAUUACAUCCAAUUCCUAGCCGUUAUUGUAUCACCCACCAAAUUCCUGUUUGUGUUUUUUCCUCCAACGGACUACUACAGUAGGAGAUCCAACCUGCAAGGUAUUUAUUAAUUAAAAAGACAUACUGUGGAUUACGCAAGCGAGAUAAACCUUAAUUCGAAACAUGUGACGUGACAUUUUCAAAUCUCUUUCCUCUUUUUGUCACUGAGAGCUCAGUGACUCCAAAACAAUGUAUCUGUGUUCGAGAUGGAUUUUAGAUCAUAAGCAUUUCCAUUCCUUUUUAGCUUUAUGAAGCAGAUGUCUCUUCUUUUUAAAGUUUUUGAUUUGGAAAAAAAAUAUGAAGUGUUUUUGAGAACUUGAGACAUCAAAGGAGAUGGCACAGCAGAAAAAAACAGUUCUAACCUCUACGUUUCAGUGUUUUGAAUUAAAAGACACCAUCCCACUGGGCACAGACUUCAAUUCAACAUCUAUUCCAUGUCCGUUAAAUGUAAUUUCACUGAUUGGACGUGUGGAUGUUGAUUUAACCAGUGUGUGCCCAGUAGGAUGGUUUCACCAAACCAAUGAAAAUGACAUAAGCUGAGCUCCAACUGUUUUACUAACUGUUUUACUAUCUGUUUUUAAAAGCCUGGUGACCAACAUUGAGUAAAAGUGUCAGUAUUAUCUCAAUAAACCUAUUUCAAAA